AUGGCACACAGGCCCAGCGCAGAAACAGCAGUCUACACGGCGCUAUUCCUCUCCAUCUACGACGUGGCCGUGCUCUGGCUCGCCAACAAGCUCCUCUGGAAGUGCUCGACCCGGAGCACGCUCCUCCCGCUCUUCACCAGCGCCCUGGGCAGGCGGCACCUCGACAUGGGCGUGGGAACAGGCUACUUCCCGUCGACGGCCCUCAAGUCGGCGUCGUGCCCGUGCGAGGAGAUGACGCUCGUGGACCUCAACCCCACGCCUCUCCGAGCCAGCCGGCGGCGAGUGCUGCGGUCGGCAGCGUCGAGCGACGGGCGCCUGACGACGGUCAAGACCAUCGUGGCCGACGCCACGAUGCCGCUGCCGCUCGCGCAGGACCGCAAGUUCGACUCCAUCAGCGCCUUCUACCUGCUGCACUGUCUGUCCGGGCCGCCCGGGCGCAAAAUCGGCGUCUUUGACGUGGCGAGGCGGCACCUCGCCGACGACGGGGUGUUUGUCGGCGCGACCGUCUUGCCGCUCAGGAACAGGAUGAGCUGGCUCGCGGCAUCCAUCAUGGCGUUUUACAACCGCGCAGGCAUCUUCAGCAACGAGCGUGACGCCGAGGACGUGUUUGCCGAGAGCCUGAGGAGGAACUUUGCCGCCGUGGACGUCUGGACCGUCGGCGCAGUCAUGUGCUGGCGCGCGCGAGGCCUCAAGGCCGAUCGAUCCGGCGUGCGAGCUUGA